UUAUCGUGCAGCUCUUCAGGAAUCGGUCUACCCACCCAUCUAGGAUUGCGGAUGGGUCACGUAAAUGCAGUCGCUCACUCAGCUCUAGUCAAGCUGAUUCCGCAAUCCGGGGGUCUCCUGAUAAUGAUUGCCGUGCCACGCGGAAGUCGACCUCCACUACAGUUUGACAUGCUGACAACGUCUCACUUCAGGAAGACAAUUGGCCUUUUUACUGCGGUACAGUGAAAUCGCGCCUUUCUUCAGGAUGUUG